AUGGAGAGACAGAGACAAAUUGCAAGAGAUCAAAGGGAAUUAGCCAGACAAAGAAAUAUAAAAAUAGAGAAGGAGGCAAUUGAAAAGGAGAAGAAUAACAAACUUAGACCAUUGCAAUUCCAAAAGAAGAAGAUUGAAGACGACACGGAGGCCAAACUCAGACCGUUGCAGAUUCAAAAGCAGAAGAUUGAAGACGACGCUAAAGUCAAACUCAGAAAAUUACAAACUGAAAAGGAGAAGAUUCAAGAUGAGGCAAAAGUUAGAUUCAGAAAAUUACAAAUCGAAAAGGAUAAGAUUGAAGAUGAUGCGAAAGCUAAACUGAGACGAUUAAAUAUAAAAUAUGGAAAGCCUUGA